AUGACAACAACAAUAAGCAAGCACGAGGUGCAGCAGCAGCAACAGCAGCAACAACAGCAGCAACAACAGCAGCAGCAACAGCAGCAGCAGCAGCAACAGCAACCGCACCAAAUGCAACAUUAUCAGCAGCUAGCCAUUGCAGCCGCAGCUGAACCAUCGAGUGGAUCAAGUGGCGCCCCGGAGCAUCCCGAUGCGCUCAACAACAAUGACAUCCCGACUGCAGCCGGCGACCAUCUGGAGGCGAGCUCGACCAAGGGCCAGAAGCGACGCUCCCUGCUCAACUUCAAGUCCUUCGACUUUCACAUCAAGACGCUCUACAGCGGCCUGCGCACCCCGGGCGCUGCGGGGGGCAGCGGCGCAGCUGGCCACCGGACGGAGGCGCAGUCGCGCUCAGCCUCGUUGGGCGGCGGCGGCGCCAGCCUGGCCGGAGUGGGGCCGGCCAACAGGCGCAUUCCGCCGCAUCUGCGCAUCGAGGCCGUCGACGGCGAUCCGCUGGAGGAGCAGGGCCAGCCGGAGUCCGCGAAGCUGCUGCUCGACUAUUCGCAGUCACCGUUCACGCCGCGGCACAACUCCAGCAGCGUGCUGCUGCCCUCAAUGGACCCCUAUGCCGGCUGCUCCUCGCUGUCGCCAUACUAUCUGUCGCCCUACAUGAUAGCCGGCAGUGGGGCUCGUGGUGCUGGUGCUGGUGCGGGUGGUGCGGCAGCUGGCCGAACGUCCGCCGAGGAUCUCAAUGCGGGCAUCCGUCGCUCCUCCACCUCGGACAUUGUGUCCUGUCGCCGGCGCGGCUCGACCAGCAGCAACAGCAGUCGUCGGCCCAGCACCUCCGAUCUGCUGCGGCGGGCGCGUGAGCGUCGCGGCAGCGAGGCGCGCAUGGGGCGCAGCGUGUCGCACAGCGGCAUGCGCGGCGGUCUAGGGGGCGGAGCCGGCGGGCCGGGCGGCAUGGGUGGCAGGCGUACGAGCAUGGCAUUCUAGAUACAACAACAACAACAACAACAACAACAACAACAACGACAACCACUUCGCUGCAAAUCGAACAAAUCAGCUGACAAAUGGCGCUUAUGAAUUUUUACUAACUAACACACACACACACACACACACGUAGAUAUACCCAAUAAAUAACAACAACAACAUCAUUAUGUAAGCAGUUUUUUUCCAGAACCGCAAACACUUAUAUAUAUAACACUCUAAACGAAACAAAAACAACAAAAAAUUUACAAAAAUACAAAAAAAAAAACAAAAUUUAACAAAAAUCAUUUUCAUCAAACUCCAAAAAAAAAAUAAACAACAAAUUUUACACACAGUUCCUUCCACAUCACGGAGAACUUGUUUAUAUACAUCUAUAUAUAUAUAUAUAUACAUACAUAUAUGAACUAUAUAACUAAAUGCUUCUCUUGCUCGUGCCCCAAUUUUUGAUGACAAUAUUAGAUCCUAACUGUAAACCAAGGAACACUGCUCUUAACGUUUGGUUCAUUUUGUCUAGGAUGCGCUUUACAAUUGCUUUACAACACACACACACACAUGUGCACGAAAUACACACACACAGACACAUUUUUAAGAACAUAAAACUUAUGUGAAUGCUCAUAUCAAAUUAAAAAAAAAAAAAAAAAAAAAAAAAAAUAGAAAAAAAUACUGAAGCUUUUUUAUUAGCUAAUAAAUUAACAAAAAACAAUUGUUGGCAAGCAACAAACUGCAUCAGAUUAAUAAAAUAUAUAUA